AUCAUGGUGUGACUGAAGAAGAAGCUAUUCAAAAAUAUAACACGUCAAAACAAGAUGAAUUGGGGACAAGAGACAUUAUGGGGUUCGUAGCAGUAAUGGAGGCGGUACCGCAGAGAGUAGUUGGAAUGCAUUACGACAUGCGUUGGGAGGAGUAUAGAAUAGAGCUUAGUAGAGGGUGGAGCCGAAUCAUAGCAGAGUUAG